AUGCUCUUCGGACGACACUUUCGUUUGAAAACCGACCACCAGCCUUUGCUCCGUAUCUUUGGUUCUAAAAAGGGAAUACCGGUCUACACAGCCAACCGCCUCCAACGAUUUGCGCUCAAUCUACUGCUCUACGAUUUUGACAUCGAGUACGUGCCCACCCACAAGUUCGGCGACGCGGACUUACUCUCGAGGUUGAUCAACCAGCACGUCAAACCCGAUGAGGACUAUAUCAUCGCCAGCAUCAACCUGGAAGAGGACCUCAGAGCCGUCGCACAAAGCACCCAAGCAGAUCCACUGCUCCGAAAAGUCUACCAUCACAUUCAGCACGGUUGGCCGCAAUCUGAACAUUCAGAAUCCGACAUCCAGCGAUUCCAAGCCAGACAGGAAUGCUGGGAACAGCUCCAUUGUGGCCAUCCUGGUAUGCAGCGUAUGAAGGCCCUCGCUCGAAGCUACGUGUAUUGGCCCUGUUUGGAUGCUGACAUCGUCAACUUCGUCAAGGCAUGCCAACACUGUGCGACCGUAGCCAGGUCACCUCCUCACUCUUCACCGGUGCCGUGGCCCAAGCAGACCGCUCCGUGGCAGCGCGUCCACGUGGAUUAUGCCGGUCCAAUCAAAGGCGAAUAUUACCUGGUCGCCGUCGACUCCUUCUCCAAGUAG